UCUGCAAACGGGAGGAGCCGUGCUCGUGCACAUUGAACGGUGUAACACGGAAGGAGAUACGGGGAGUCUUAGUUUUCAGUUACGCGGGGUCAAGCUCUCUAACGCACAAAGCUUGGGGCGGACCUCUUGUCCAUUUUUUGAACUCUACCGCAAAGUCGAUCGACCAACAGGGGCAACAUAUAUUUCGGUAUAUCGAUCCAAUACAAUUCGUUCGAGUCUGAGUCCGGCUUGGAAUGCGGCCGAACUGGAUCUCGAAGCCGUAUGCAACGGUGACAUGGAAAUGGCAAUGAAAGUCAUCGUUUGGGAUUUCCGUCGACAUGGAAAACACAAGAUGAUGGGGGAAUUUGAAACUACGAUACGCGGUAUGACCGGUGACAAGAGCAGCCGCUCGAAGCCGUACGUCGAUGAAAAUGUCGCGCAUCGCAAAGAUCACAAAGAAAAGGCAAUGUCGGCGCAAUCAUCGAGGAGACCAGAAUUUGUCGACUAUCUGUCGGGUGGCUGUCAAAUCAGUUUGGCCGUUGCGAUUGAUUUCACUGCUUCUAAUGGUGAUCCUAGACAACCGGGGACACCGCACUAUUUUCAUCCUCCCGAAUCGAAAGAAUGGAAUGAUUACGAAAAGGCUAUUUUCGCCGUAGGCUCAAUACUUGCCAAGUAUGAUUCCGACCAGCGAUUUCCAGUUUGGGGCUUUGGUGCCAAGUAUAACAAUGUUGUCCGACACUGCUUUCAAUGCGGUAGUGACGUGGAAGUAGAAGGAGUGCAAGGCAUUAUGGAUGCCUAUCGAGGUGUUUUUCGUACACCUUUGACCAUGAGCUAUCCAACAAUUUUUACGGAAGUCAUUCAGACUUCGGCAUCUUACGCACGUCACGAGCAGGUACAAUCAAAAUUGUCAUACACUAUCCUGCUUAUCCUCACGUCGGGAAAUGUCGAAAACAUGAAGGAAACUAAGAAACACUUAAUCGAAGCCAGCGGGGAGCCCAUGUCAGUGGUAAUUGUUGGUAUUGGCGACGCAGACUUUUCUGGGAUGGAAUUUUUGGAUGAACAUGAUCCCGAUCGAGAUGGUGGACGUGACAUAACCAAGUUCGUACAAUUUAGUGAUUAUAAAUCAUUCAAUGCGUUGACAGAAGCUGUACUCGACGAGAUUCCGGAGCAACUGGUUACCUACUUCUACGAUCGAAAGAUUUUGCCGGGCAAACUGGAGGAUUAUGACGAAAACGAUUUGGAGGUCGAGUCUGCAGACGACGACGAGAGAACGUUUACUUUUUUGGGAUAGUGCUCUCCAUCUCUUGAUAGCUAUGUGUGCAGCUUUAAUGUGUCUCCUGCUUG